AUGACGGUUGUCGAUCCCAGACUCUUCCCACAACGGGUGCGAUAUGCCGCCCUGCUCACCGUCAAUGUAUAUGUUUUCAUGGGAAACAUGUACUCGUCGGGAAUCACGACCGGAUUCGGGUCUCUGGCGAUGGCUUUCCAUGCCGACAAUGACAUGCUAUCGGCUCUAGUCACUUACUCCGUGCUGGCCAUGGGCUUGGCCAAUUUGUUCUGGAUGCCCCUUGCCCUGUGCUUUGGGAAGCGUCCCAUGGUCCUCCUCUCUAUGGCGAUGUUUUUGGGUGGUCUCAUUUGGAGCGCCGUCGCCCAGACCUACAACAGCCUGCUUGCCUCGCGAAUCUUUGCCAGUUUCGGAUAUGGUGCUAUUGAAUCUCUUGGACCUAGCAUCCUCGCAGACCUCUUCUACGAGCGAAACUAUUCCAGUGCGAUGGCCGUUUACGCUGGAUUCCUGUCAGGUGGUUCCCAGAUUGGACCAAUGAUCGCUGGCUACCUCAUUGAGGCCCGUGGCUGGCGCUGGUUCUUCAUUCUCUGCGCCAUCAUUGCCGGAGUCAACUUCUUGACUACCAUCUUCAUGCUGCCAGAGACCAUCUAUGAGACCGAUGAGGAGGAACUCCCAGAGCAACCCGAGGAAAUCGAAAAGGAUGCUCAUAGCCACCUGGAGACCAUCCCUACAAGAUCCCAGGUCGGCGACCGUGCCAGCAUGGACUAUGGUGAAUACUUCAAGGGCCUUUUCACCGUCAGCCUCACCAAGGGGGCCAAGAAGAAGGGCGUGUUCAAGUUCUUCACCUAUCUCUUCGUGCUUCCUUUCCCGUUACUGCUGAUCCCCGGUGUGUUGAUCGCCUCGAUCAUGUACGGCGUUGUCCUUGGCGGUGUCGUCGCCGUCUCCACACUCGCCCCUGCUCUGCUCUCCGCACCUCCAUACCUCUUCUCCUCCUCUGAACUUGGCCUCUUCAUGCUUAGCAGCUUCAUUGGCAUCGUGGUCGCCUGGCCCGUCGCCGGUCCCUUGACCGAUCUCCUCUCCCGCUGGCUCCGCAAGCGCAACAACAACGUCCACAAGCCCGAGCACCGUCUGCCCGCGCUGAUCCUCCCCUUCCUCGUCUGCCCCAUUGGUCUGGUUAUCUUCGGAUAUACCAUCGCCCGGGGAGAGCACUACGUCAAGCCCGCCGUGGGUGCGGCCAUUUCUGCCGCCGGUCUGACUUUGGUCCCCUCGGUCAUGCUGUCAUAUGUCGUGGACUCUUACCCCCGGACUAGUGGCGAGGCACUUGUGCUGGUCAAUGCUUCCAAGAAUGUGGUUGCAUUUGGAUUGGCCACGGGCGCGUAUUCUUGGAUGGGUAAGGAGGGAGUCGCCAAGAUGUUCUAUGAGUUUGCUGGUGUUCAGUGGGCAUGCCUCUUCCUGGCCUUGCCACUGUACAUUUGGGGACCGGCCCUGCGGGCUCGCACCCAGAAAUUGUUCUAG